AUGUCAAAUUUAAUUGAAAUUAAAUCAAAAUCAACACACACAGCAACAGUAAUCUUUUUACAUGGUUUAAUGGAUACUGGUAAAGGAUGGGAAACAAGAAUGGAAAAUAUAAUAUCAAUGGGUGGUCUUGAUCAUAUUAAAUUUGUUUUACCAACUGCACCAACAAUUCCAAUUUCAAUUAAUUUUGGAAAUAAAGGUACAGCAUGGUGUAAUGUAACAGCAUUUUAUCCAGGAUCAGAAGAAGAUUUAAUUGGAUUAGAAAAGAGUAUGAAACUAGUUGAAGCCUUAAUUGAAGAAGAAAUAAAGAAUGGUAUACCAGCAGAACGUAUAAUUUUAAGUGGAUUUUCACAAGGUGGUGCACUUACAUUAUACACAGGUUACCAAUCUAAACAUAAACUUGCAGCAUUAAUUACAUUGAGUGGUUUCUCACCAUCAUUAUCAUUACCAUCAAAGAUUAAACCUGAAAAUAAAGAUAUACCAUUGACAAUGUUUCAUGGUACUGAUGAUAAAGUUGUCAAUUGUAAAUGGGGUGAAUUAUCACAUAAAUCUUAUUUAAAAGUUGGUAUUAAAAAUUCACAAUUCAUUUCAAUUACAAAUUUAGAUCAUUCAUCAAAUGAAUUUGAAUUAAAACAAGUUCAUGAUUUAAUUGAAAAAUAUUUACCAAAAUAA